CCUCACCGGAACGAUAACGGAGGGGUUAGCUUGAUGGUGUACGGCAUCCGUUGCAGCUUCCGAGUGAUUAAUGCUAUCGUGAUUCCCGUAUCCGAAUCAUAACUAUACCCCCCGCCCCCUACUAGGUAGAUAAUCAUUUCAAGGUUUCUUUGUCUCUUCCUGGUCUCAGUAAAAAAUCCCUGUAUGAAGAAAUCACCAUGGCCGCUAACCCUUACCCCACCAUCCCUAUCGACAUCCCAACCCGCCACGGCCCCCUCUCCGUCCUAUUCUCCGAAGCCGUGACUCCUAGCUCCCGCAUCCAAUGCUCCAAGCUAUCCAACACCGCAUUCGGCAAAUCGAUCUCGAAGUCCGAAUUUCUUGAGCGCGAGGCCUUACUUGGCGCGCAUCCCCUAGCCGCCGGGGCCAGAUGGCGGUUCUGGAACUUUACCCUCGCGGAUGCGAGCGCCGAUGUUGAAGAUGAAAAGGAGGCGAAAAUAGGGGCGCUGAUUAAAACGCUGCACCGGGACCUGCUUAUCCGGGACGGGGACGGGACGCGGCGGGAGCAGGGGUACUGCAUAUGCAGCGUGGUAACGGACAAGGAGUACCGAGGGUGCGGACUCGCAUCCGCAUUAUUGAAGAAAGUUGCGGAGUGGAUGGAUGGGGAAGGAGGCGCGGCGGCGAGUAUGCUGUAUUCGGAUGUUGGCGAUUUCUACGUUAGCAAAGGCUGGGAUAUCCUAGAUGCAUCCCAAUCAACUCUAACCGUCCCCGUCUCUCUCCCCUCUAGCGAGAAGGCCGCAAAGCUCCCCAAAACCCGGCUCCUAACCGCCGACGAAAUCCCCGCGCUCGCCGAACGCGACGUACAUGAUCUAGAAAACGAGUUCCGCAACCACGACCCCGCCGCCGACGAAACCCUGCUAACCGUUGUCCCCACUCCGGAUAUGAUUAGCUGGCUACAGACGCGGGCGAAUUUCAUGAACACGAAGCUAGCGGGCAAGAUCCCCGAGGCCAAAGGGAGUAUCUGCGAGAGCGCGGGAUCGUGGGUAUAUUGGUUCCACGACUUGCAUGCACAUAAAAUGACGAUUCAGCGCAUCAAACUACCCCAGGGCCAGAGCGAUGAGAACGCCACCAAGGCCUUAGCGGCGCUUCUACUCUCCGCUGUUGAAGAGGCAGCGCGGUGGAAGACAACGAAGGUCAUCAUUUGGAGUCCUGGCCCGGAGGUAAGGAAUGCGACGAAGUAUCUUGCGGAAGAGUUUGGGAUAGGGGUUGAGGAUGAGAAACGGGGCGAUAGUAUACCGUGUUUGAGGUGGCGAGGUGAUGAAAAGAGGAGAACUACGGUUUACCCUAAUGAGUACUACGCUUGGAGUUAGACAUGAAGUUUUUAGUUAGUAUAAUUACAUCUAGCAUUUUUAUGAGUACGAUGUUUACAGUUACGAGGUUAUAGACGAGGUCACGAUCAGCAGAAGAAGUAUGCCGGCAAAGCGUUAUUUAUUAAUUAUUACUCAUUACGUG